AACCCUAAAUAGCUUCAAAGGCGUUUCCUUUCCGUCAUUCAUCAUCUCUCUGCGCCUCUCUCUCUCUCUCUCUCUCUCUCUCUCUCUCAAACUCUCAGCUCACACAGACGACAAUCAUCAUGGGGAAGAAGAAGUUCAUCGACAAGAAAAAGGCGGCGACUUUCGAGCUCUGCCCUCGCGACACCUCAGACCCAUUAUACAGCGACGCUCCCGGAGGCGAUAAGAUCUUCUUACGAGUCGACCAGAACCCUGUCAACAUCAACGGUUUCACCGAAGACAACUCACAGUUCGAUGAUGCCCCUGAAGAAGAAGGAGAAGAAGAGUUGGCUUACGGCUACUCCAGCUUCGCGGGUUCGAGCAGCAGCAGCAACAACCCUUUGCCUGCUCACGUGAGGAAGGAGAUUCUCGAGCUGGGUUACCCUGACGAUGGGUAUAACUACUUGGACCAUUUGAGAGAGAUCAAGAACACUGGCGGCGGUUCUAACUUCUACUCGAACCCUAAGUUCGAAGGCGAGUAUCUUCCUCGUGACGACGUCAAGGCUUAUGAUGCUUCUCGCGUGAAGGUCUCUGGUGUGGUGGUGGAGGAUGGUGGUGGUGAUGAUGAUAAGUUGAUGUAUAGCGUGGCGUCCAAGACUGUUAAUGUGAAGGUGAAGAAGGCUAUUGAUCCUGAAGUGGCGGCUUUGCUUGAGGAUAGCGAUGGGUCUGAGUUUGGUUCUGAUGUUGAGGAUUUGGAGGAGGAUUUUGUCGUUCAAGCUCAAGAGGGAGAGGGUGGUUCUGGUGUGGGUAAUGAGGAGGAGUUUGCUGAUGGGACACCUGUUGUGGUUGAGAGCAAGCCGAGAGUUAUUCGUCAGAUUGAUGAGUUGUUUGAUCAGCUUGAGCUUAAUGAGUAUGGAAGUGAGAGUGAAGACAAUGAUGUUGGAUAUGGAGAAGAGGAAGAAGAAGAAGAGUUCAAUGCUCAGAGCGUUGGUAAUAAUCUUAUUUACGAGAAGCCGAAAGGUUACGAGCUUGAUGAUGAGAAGUAUAUGAACCCAGCGGAUCUGUUGAAGAACAGUGACAAUGUGAAAGACAAAGAGGAGCUAGAGAACAUCAUCCGAAGAUCUGUGCAGUACGGUGAGGAUUUGGUUAACGGCAAUGAAGAUGAGUUUGUGGAGGUGGUUGAAGAGAGCAGCGACGAGAGCGAGAAGUGGGAUUGCGAGACCAUAGUCACUACGUACUCGAAUCUCGAUAACCACCCUGGAAGAAUCUGUGAUCCGGAGAGAGCUAGGAAGAAGCUGAGCGAAGCACUAGCUAAGGCAAAGAGUGUGAAUGGGAGUGGUAGUAGAAUCAUUACCCUCCAAGGCAAAGAGAAGCUUCCGGUUGAGUUUUUACCCGGUAGGAGAGCUGAGCAAACAAGCAGUGUCAAACCGAAAGCUGAACCGGUCAAGAGGAAGGCUCACGGGGAAGAGACGAAAGAGGAGAAGAAAGAGAGGAAAGCUGCUGUGAAAACAGAGAAGAGGGAAGCGAGGAAGAUGAAGAAAGAGACGAAGGAGCUUUAUAGGUUUGAAACGCAGCGUGCUCAGAAAGCUGUUGCUGUUUCUGGUCCAUCUUCUAUUCCUCUUUAAGGGUAAAACAAAACGUAUCUCCAGAGCCCCAGUAUUUUUUUUUUUUUAUAUCGUUUCAUGUAAUAUUUUGUGUUUUGUUCAAGAUUUUGAAUCUCUCUUUUGUGUAAGGACGUCUUUACUUUUUUACUAGUCAAGUUUCGAGAAA